AUGGUCACCUGGUUCCUCCUACUGGGACUGACAGAGAGAAAGGAGCUGAAAGGAGUCCUCUUUGUAAUCUUCUUGCUGGUCUACUCAGUGACUGUACUGGGUAAUUUGGGCAUGGUCAUCCUGAUCCGCACCAACCCUCAGCUCCACACGCCCUUGUACUUCUCCCUGAGCGUCCUCUCCUUUCUUGACUUCUCUUCCUCUACUAUAAACACCCCUAGGUUGCUGAUCAUCUUCCUCACCAGUGACAGGUCCAUCUCCUUUGCUGGCUGUGUGGCUCAGAUGGCAAUGAUGUCUGUCCAUGGAACAGCAGAAUGUCUGCUCCUCGCCAUCAUGGCCUAUGACCAGUUUGCGGCCAUCUGCCACCCUCUGCUCUACCAUGCCAUCAUGUCCCAACGCUUGUGCAUGGAGCUGGUGGCCGGGACCUAUGCUAUAGGCGCAGCCAACACAGCGGCACAGACGGAGAAUGUCUUCAGGAUGCCCUACUGUGUCCCCAACAUCAUAGACCACUACUUCUGUGAUGUCCCUGCAGUGCUCCAUCUUGCCUGUGGUGACACGGCUGCUGCAAAGGCUAUCCUCUUCUUAUCUUCUGCCGCCAUCACACUCAUCACCGUUUCUAUAAUCCUGGUCUCCUACACCUACAUCCUGGUCACCAUCUGCAGGAUGCACCACUCCCUGGAGGCCCAAAGGAAGGCAUUCUCCACUUGUGCCUCCCACCACACUGCCAUCUCUCUUUCCUAUGGCACCAUUAUCUUCAUGUACGCUCAGCCAAGCUCCAGUAAAUCCUCAGACCAGAAUAAGGUUGUGUCUGUCUUCUAUACCACUGUGAUCCCCAUGCUCAACCCUCUGAUCUAUAGCCUAAGAAAUAAGGAGGUGAAGACAGCCUUGAGGAAGAAGCUCCAGGGAAAGACUCAAGAGAAAAGCUAG